CUGGAUAUAACGGUACCUGAAAGGUUUCAGCGCUAAGAAUGUUCUGUGAAACGUGUUUUAUGUGAAAAUGUCGCACUAUAUUCGCGCCGAAAGGAAACACUUCGCGAAAAAUGUGCAGGACUGCAUUAUCAAGCCGCUGCUUCGACAGCGUGAGACCGGCGAGUUGUGUGACGUCGAGUUGAUGUUGAAUGGCUUGACGUUCACCGCACACAAGGCCAUUCUCUCGCUAUGGAGCCCGUAUUUUCUGUCGAUGUUUACCUGUGAUAUGAGAGAGAAAACAACCAGGGAAAUAGAUUUGACCGAAUCAGUGGUAUUGGAAGAUGAUAAUGUAUUCGGCUUCAUUUUAGAUUACAUGUAUACUGGUUCGCUGGUUGUUACAGCGGAUAAUAUUGAAGACAUAUUACGGAUUUCAGAUUUCUUGUUGUUGGAUGACGUGAAAGAAUACUGUCGACAAUUUUACCGAGAUUUGGGCAACAUAGAUCUCAGAAAUUGUUUGCGUACCAGGUUUCUUGCAGAAAAUCACAACUUAAUUGAUGUCAGAGAUUGCUGUCAAAAGAUUAUUGAAUCACGUUUUCAUGACUAUUUAAUUUAUAAUGAUGAAAUUUUAGAGCUACCAGCCUCUUGUCUGCUUCGUCUCUUAGAAGAUCCAAAUGUUGUUCAGCACACCACCUACAUUGAUCUGAAAUAUCUUGUUCAGAGAUGGAUUGAUUCAGAUUUUGAGGCCCGCAAAUGUCAUUCCAAUAUACUGGGUACCUGCAUUAAAUUAUGGGGAUGUGACGAUGAUUCUAACCCUCGCACCUCUGUUGUUGAGCAAGAAGAAAACAUUGGUGGUGAUUUAGUCAAUAAAAUUAUGCAACCACAGCUACCAGAGCAGCUAUCAAAUCAAGUGCCUGCCCCAAAUCCCUGUUUGACCAGCAUAGGUGAAGGACGAUUUGCAUCUAUUCCAAGCAUAGAUGAGUCGGAUUCAGAAGAUGACCCAUCCCUAUACAGUCAAGGGUCAUAUGUAAGUGUGUCAUAUUGCCCUUUACACGACCAGGAACAGCAAGUGUUAUUCUCAGUAGUGUGCAAUCAAGGCCUGAAGUUCCUCAAAGUGCUGGUGUACGAUAUUGAAAAUCAGAAAUGGUUCCACUACCCAAUAGCUGGAGAGAAGGUUCUUCACAACAUUCCAUCUCGUCAGACCGUGUGUAAUUUGGUCACAAAUGAUCACCAUCUCUACAUGUACUUGUGCUCAAGUUUUCCAUACCCCACCGAUAUGCUCAAAAUUAACAUACUUGUCCUAGAUCUGCUUCAUGCUCAAUCAUCUUUGUAUUCUUUUCGUACUGUUGACUAUUACAACCCUUGUUACAGGACCACCUUGACAAAUAUCAGAAAUGUGCCACCAGCAAUGGUGUUCUGUGCCAGCAGUUUGUAUGUUUUGGGGAAUAAGGAAGGCACCGGUCACCUAUUUAUGUGUAAUCUAACCAACCACCAGUACACAUGUUAUCAGAUUCCUGGGUGUCGUUUCAUUAGUCUGGCCCGUGCAGUUGUCAAGGACAACCGUUACAUAUAUGUCUGGUACAGACAUCGGACAGGGCCCUCAGAGGAAUUCUGCAUCAAAAAAUCAGUAGGCUUUGCCAUGUUUGACACCCAAACAAAAAUAUUCAAUUCUUGGCAGGUAUUGCCACCGGAGAUUUCCUAUGAUGAUUUUGCUCGUGCUUAUUUGAUGACAGUCCGUGAUGACACAGUAAUCAUAUACAUGCCAGGCAAACCAGCUUUAGUGCUGGAUGAGGUUAGGUGUAAGUGGGUUACCUCCCUUCGCAAAAUACCAAUGCCACCGUCAUUCUCUGAUAAUGGGUCCCUUGCCGACACAUUUCAACUGCAGACCUUUACAGAGAACAGUAUCUUCAUCCUGAACAAUGAGGCCCCUUACACCACAUCAAUUGCAGAGGUGAUGGAAUCACUUCCCCAUGCUGUUCCACAUACCCCUCCACCCAUAGAUCAUAUCUCCAUGGUUACCUCAGGGCACCUCCCACAAUCUGUCAUUCAGACUCUGGACAAAUUUGACCUAUAUGAUGAUGCCUAUGCUGUGGCCCUACAUGUGUCCAUGAGGUGUUCUGAUUUAGAAGGUGAAGAUAGUUGCACCUCUCACUCAGAUGAUCAAGAUACUGAUAAUGACUAUGAGUAUGAUGAUGAAAUCUAUGAUUAUGAUUAUGACUUUAAUUUUUCUAUUUGAGCAAAUUGUAGUUAUUUUUCUAGUCAGUUUUACAAGUACUUGUAUUCAUGUAGUAUCAAACUACUUUUUCUUGAAUAUUGGGUACAUUAAUAUGUAGUUCUACCUAAAUCACCAUCAACUGAUAACUGCUGAUGUCAUUUUUGCAUGCAUUCUUUAUGUAUGAAAUUAAUGAAUAUUUAUGGGUGAACUCAACAUUUGCAGUAUCACGGUUAUUCUGAGAUAUUAGUACAUGCUGAAGGGUGAGGUGAUCACCUAUGAACACGUACUUGUUCCCUUUUUCUAGUCCAGAAGAAAGUGAUUUUAAAAUAUUGUUAAACCUGCACCUUUUGACAAGAUUAAUCAUGAAACAACUGUUUGAAUGAAUUAUAAUACAUAACAUUCAACACAAUACAUUAAUUCACUGAGGUAAUGUCUGGCUUCCUACAGUGAUUCUUGUUAUGGUAAACUUUGCCUCACCAGGUUUUGGUGGUGUUGGUAGAAAUAGGAAAUUACUUUUACAUAUUAAUUUCAAACACUACACACUAACACUGGAUUGUCCUUUAACUGUUACAGGUGAGGGAUGUAUGUCAAUCACUGACUAUUAUUUGUCAAGUACAUUGCUUUGCGACAAAUA